CGCGCUAAAGAGAGGAGACGAGAGAGGGAGAGAGGCAGGAUAGAAAAGAAGAAGAGAAAACGAAGAGGAAGAAGAAGAAGGAGGAGGAAGAGGAAGAACUAAGUGAAAGGAAGAAGAGAUUACGAAGAGGAGGACGUGGAAGGAAGGAGGAUAAGAAAAGGAAGAAGAGGAGGAGGAGAUGAAGAAGAUGGUUGUGACUUUGAACUGAUUGAGAGUUGAUCGUUGGAAGACAUGACUGGCCUUCCCUUUGCUCCCAGACUGACGGUGGGCGUCGUCUUGCUGUCCACGCUGCCCCACCUACACCAAGCUCAAGACAUCGGCAACAUCCUCAAGACCUUCGCCAGACUGAGAAUAAGACAGCACGAUGGAGGAGCAGGAGGAGGAGGAGGAGCAGGAGGAGGAGGAAGAGGAGAGCUGAGAAAUGCAGAAAGAAUUGGAGGAGUAGAAAUAGAUGACAUACCACUACUAAAGUUUCUGAGGGAUGGCGGUGAUGAUGCUGGUAGUGGUGGUGGUGGUGGUGGUGGUGAGUGGGCUGGCGGUGAUGAUGGUGGAAUGUGGAUUGCUGAAGGUGAUGGGGAAUGGAUGGAUGGAGGAGGAGGGGACGCGCUCACCGUACUAGCCUCAGCAGUGCCUGGGAAUGGGGUGCCUGACGUGGACUACCCAAUCUUAAGCAGCGUGCCACGGACUACCUUCGCCUGCUCUGGCCGAACACCUGGGUACUACGCCGACCCCAGCCCCGCCUCCAGGUGUCAGGCCUUCUACAUCUGCGGCGCCGUCUCUGGCUCCCAAUACGGCUUCCUGUGCCCCAACGGAACGCUCUUCAACAUGAGGGUCUUGGUGUGUGACUUUUGGUUCAACGUGGAGUGUGGUGCUGAUAUCGAUGUCUCGUAUAAAAGCUUGCUCACCUGUCCACAUCUCCACACCUCCUCACCUCCACACCUGAGCGAGGAGUUUACCUGGCGGCGGUGUUGA